CUCAGGCUCUGCCCCGGUGAGUUUUAUUGUGUAGACCGGAUGUAGUUGUGCAGAGUUUCCUCUUGACAGAAAGGUGUUGACGCUGGAGGAAUGGCAGAAACCAGUAAACCCAGAGAGAAGAAGAGAAACAGCAAGGACUUUCCUCCAGCCUUCAGUGAGCUAAGGCUGGUUCUUCUUGGGAAGACUGGAGCAGGGAAGAGCUCCUGUGGAAACACUUUGCUGGGAAGAGAUGCCUUCAGCGCCGCAGUCCAUCAGUCCUCAGUCACCAGGGAGUGCUGUAAGCAGACGGGGGAGGUCUCUGGGAGGCAGGUGGAGGUGGUGGACACCCCCGGGCUCUUCGACACCUCGUUACCGGAGCACAGCGUGAAGAGAGAGAUCUCAAAGUGCAUCAACAUGUCGGCGCCGGGGCCCCACGCCUUCCUGCUGGUCAUCAGGGUGGGGCCGUUCACCUGCGAGGAGCGAGACGCCGUGCUUCAGAUGGAGCAGAUCUUCGGGGCGGACGCCUGGAAACACACCAUCGUCCUCUUCACCCACGGAGACGCCAUGGGGCCUCAGCUGCCGCAGGAGGCGGGCCCCGAGCUGAGGGCCGUCCUGAAGAAGGCGGGGAACCGGUUCCACGGCUUCAACAACGCCAGGGCCAACGACCGCGGACAGGUGCUGGAUCUGCUGGAGAAGGUGGAGCAGAUGCUGGAGGCUAACGGAGGGCAGUUCUACUCCAACGUCCGCUACGAGGAGGUGGUGGAGAUGCUGGACCACAGAGAGGCGGAGCUUAGGGAGCUCUACGACAGGAAGCUGAGGGAGGAGAUCCAAGGGGUGGAGAGGAAGUACGAGAAGAAGCUGAGGGAGGAGCAGCAUCAGCGUCUGCAGGUGAAGCACCGUCUGCAGGCCGAGCUGCAGGAGCUGAAGCGGUACUACCGGGUCCUAGAGAGCGGGGUCCGGCUGGUGGUGGAGCAGACGGUGCCCUCCGACUCCUUCCAGGAAGUGCUCUCCCAGUUCAACGAGAAGCUGAAGCUCAAUAUCCAGUCCUGAAAGCCUUUUUCUAGAAGUCAUGUGAGAAAACAGAUUUGGAAAUGUAAAUGUUAAAUCACUCAAUCACUCUUCUGCUCUGUCUUCUUCUCAGCCGUAUGUUCUUUGCUAAGAGUAACUAAGCUGCAACACAGAAAGUUAAAUGUGUUAAGUGUUAUUAUUUGCAUUUUGUACACAGAUGUUUAGGUCUUAACUUCUGUGAGAAAAUAUGGAGGUUUUGGGUCUUUGCAUUUGAAGUCACGAAAAGAAACAUCAAAUAUCAAAUUCCGCAGCGUCUCUUCCGAACAGUUCUGCAAUUUGAUUCUCUAAAUUCUGGAACUAGAAUAAGGGCGAUUGCUUUGAGUGCUUAGGGUUAUCAGGAGCAGCAGUUCUGUCAAUCUGUAUUACUUUAUGUUAUGACCUUUAGCACCUGCAUCAAGCCAUAAAGCUGCAGAGGCGUACAGCCCUGGGGGAGGGGGGUGAUUCUCAGAAAGAAAACGUCACUUUAAAAGCCUUGUCGUACAUUUACCAAUAAAUCGUGUCUAUUUCUUCAGAUUAAAGUGAUACAUUAUGCUUUGCAGAUUUCUGAGCAUGCUCUCUGGGAAAAGCUGCAGAAAUAUUAAAAACAUGUUUUGUAUUCUUAUUGUUUUUAAUAAAUGUCAUUUCCCAACAGGUCUGUCAUGUUUCUAACCUUGAGGGGUUUCAAAUAAUACAAUUAUAUAAAACAUU